AUGGCUUUUGUAGCCCGGUCUGGGCAAUUGCGCCCAUAUGCACGUCCGACCUCAAUCACCAGGCUCGUGCCGCAAGCAGCAUGGAUUUCUACCUCGUCGCUGAAGUCUGCCUCUGCCGUGCAAAACCGAUCGGAAACUAGUUCUUUGACAGCCUCGGGAAAGAUACGGAGGGAGGUACCUCUUCCAAGCCAAGAAAAGAAAGAAGGUGCGAUGCAGUAUGCGUUGACAACCCUUGAUCAAAUCGCAAACUGGGCCCGCCAGAGCUCGUUAUGGCCUAUGACGUUCGGGCUAGCCUGCUGCGCUGUGGAAAUGAUGCAUCUUUCAACUCCUCGAUAUGAUCAGGAUAGACUGGGUAUUAUUUUCCGGGCAUCUCCUAGACAGUCUGACGUUAUGAUCGUUGCCGGGACCCUGACUAAUAAAAUGGCGCCUGCUCUUCGCCAAGUUUAUGACCAAAUGCCAGAUCCUCGCUGGGUUAUCAGUAUGGGUAGCUGUGCAAAUGGUGGAGGGUACUAUCAUUACAGCUACUCGGUUGUUCGUGGCUGUGAUCGCAUUGUUCCAGUCGACAUUUACGUUCCCGGCUGUCCUCCAACAUCAGAAGCCCUUAUGUAUGGGAUUUUUCAACUUCAAAAGAAAAUGCGGCACACAAAAAUAACACGCAUGUGGUACAGGAGAUAG